AUGGCUACCGAAAGGCUACAAACAUAUGCGCAAAAACCCCGCGUAUUCAUCUUGUCCGACAUCUCCAACGAACCGGAUGAUGCUGAGUCGCUAUGUCGAUACCUUCUGUACUCCAACGAGUUCGAGACAGAGGGUCUCGUAGCUUGCACAAGCACGUGGAUGAAGAACAAAGUGUGCCCGCAAGACAUGGAGAAAAUCAUCGACGCAUAUGCCGACGUCGUUGACAACUUGAAUAAGCAUGUGCACCCAAAAUGGCAAUACCCGACCGCAGAUCGCAUGCGCGGGUUGAUCUGCAAAGGCGCUGAGACUUACGGUAUGUCGGCUGUUGGCACAGACAUCCCACUGUCUCCAGGCGGACAGUUGUUGUAUGAUCGCAUUGUCGCGCCGUCUACACAGCCGUUAUGGGUCCUUUGCUGGGGCGGAACAAACACACUUGCCUCAGCAUUGCUCAAAGUAGAUGACAAUUUCGAGCCUGAGGACUCCAAGCGCCUACUCUCACGUCUACGCGUUUACGCUAUCUCCGACCAAGACGACACGGGCGCAUGGAUUCGCAACAAUUUCCCUGACGUCUUCUACAUUGCUUCCAUUCACGGCUGGAACCAGUAUGGUAUGGCUGCAUGGACUGGCAUCUCCGGCGACAGGUACUAUGGCUUUGAUGAGGGUGGCCCAGACUUCACCAAGAUGGAGAAGAGCUGGAUCAAGGAGAACAUCCAGAUUGGCCCUCUCGGAAGUGCGUAUCCCGACUAUCUCUUCAUUCCGGAAGGCGACACCCCGACAUUCCUCUACCUCAUCCAAAAUGGCUUGGGUGUACCCGAUUGCCCCAACUACGGGUCUUGGGGAGGUCGUUACGGACGGACUGAUGUCAGCACUGAGGGGCUGAACAGCAACCACUAUAGCGAUGUAGUGGACAGAGUCAAAGUCGGCCAUAGGACUUACAAAUCGAAUCACGCGACGAUCUGGCGCUGGCGUGAUGCAUUCCAGAACGAUUUUGCUGCGCGCAUCAAAUGGAGCAUGGAGCCUGACUUUGAGAAAGCGAACCAUCACCCAGUUAUCAACAUCAGCGGCUUCAAAGGCUUAGCGCCUGUACAAAUUACUGCGGAGGCCGGAUCAACAAUCACCCUUGAUGCCUCCGCUACAUACGAUCCCGAUGACAGGAACAUCACGUUCAAAUGGUGGCAUUACCGUGAACCUACAGCAACACAAUGGUGGGUUGAUGCUGAGGUAGCUGAACUCGGAAUCAAGAAGCUGGACGAUGAGGGCAGAAAAGUCGAGGUUACGCUUCCACCACCAGAGAAAUGCGCGGUGGAGUUGAUGAGCAGAAAGCCGGUUGCUCAAGGUCAACUGCUUCAUCUGAUACUUGAAGUUACCGAUGACGGGACGCCAUCCCUGACAAGCUACCGAAGGGUGUUGAUUCAAGUAACGAACAAGGAACUGAGGGGAGGUGGAAAGGGAGCUGAUGCUAUCGGCGACGCUAUGAAACAGGCGUGA